AUGGCAUAUUCAAUUACAUAUGUAGUGCACUUUCAUAAAGUGGUGUUGUCGUUGAACAUUUGUCCCGACGAUUUUUCAAAGAACUCGUGGGUAGGUAUUUUUGUGAUCAAUAGGGAAAAGUCGGAGAAUUAUGUUCGUGAGAAACGAGUCAAAACAGUCAAAGACGAAAUAGUGUUUGAGAACCUAGUUAGUGGGAUGUAUGAGAUUCGAUACUUCUACGACAACAAAAGCUGCCUGUUGAACUACACAAAAACACUUUUAAUUGGAGAAGAAAUUGUGCCCGAGUCUGUCGAAGAAGUGUCGAGUGUCAACUGCAGAUACUUGGUCGUGAAGUUUCCGCCACUACUCAAACAAAACGAUUGGUUUGCACUCUUCAAAGCGGGUGAGAAAAGUCAGAAGAAGUUUUUAAGGAAGUGGAUUGUGCACAAUACAACGCAAUUGGUAUAUAAUAUCGAAGUUGGUGAUUUGAACUUGGAACCAAAGUAUAUUGACGACCUCUUUGGUGUGAAAACUACUGACUACGAAAUCAGAUACUUUAAAGCAAGAAGUAAAGUGAUUGAUCCUAAGCUUGUGACGUAUUCCUUUCCACCGUCGGGUAUCUAUAAAAUAGCUUUGAAAGACUCUGAGAAGGACACAAUUCAGUUUGUCGGGUGGCGAUCAUUAAAUCAGUUGUGUAUCAAUUACUCAACAUAUCUCAAGAACUUCGAAGUGAUUGUCAGAAACGACCAACAAGUCGUCUCGACAUUCAGAAAUGAACUCCCACUCUUUUUUGGAACAGUCACAUUUUCAUUGCCACAAAUGAUAUACAAUUUCUCUAUCGACUUUGUAUCUCCAACAACACAUCACAUCAUUCAAACCAAAAAUCUUCAUCCUAUCGUUUAG